AUGGCUCGUCAGCUUCUUCUUUUGGCACACGAUCUAGACAGCACAUUUCAAGUUGGUCUUGCUGCAAUGACCCUCUUCUUGUGUGCUAUUGCAUUAUUCAUGUGUGCUUCUCAUUCAAGAAAAUGGCAUAACUGGCGUGCUUGCUAUGAACCCGACUAUGUCUACGACAAUACCACCAUACAACACAUACAACAUGCCAACAAUGAAGGAACAUGCAGCGAGGAGCAAGAAGUCUCGGUCUGGCAGAAGAACAUACUCAUGGGAGGGAAAUGUCAGCUUCCUGAUUUUUCUGGCAUCAUAAUUUACGACUCCGAUGGGAACGUAGUCACACCGGCAAAAAAGUCUCGAGCUUUACAAACCUUUAAGUAG